GAGCGCAUCGCGUCACACUCGAAACUCUUCGACAGGCACUCUCGCUUCUCCCACUCACUGUCAUUCUCCUGUCAGUUUUGCCCCAUAUCCUCCGACUAUGCAACGACGUCGAUCGUUUGAUGGUCCUCCUACCCAGGAGUCCGGUCAAAGACCUCAUCAUCGCUCGGAAAGUGCUUCUUCCAAUAAUGCGCCGCCUUCAGCCGCACUUGCCUCACGGCCCACCAGUCCUAUUCCCACGGGUCGUUUGCAGAACGCGACAAAAAGAGGUACUAAAACUCCCAAAGCGAACCCGGUGCCGUUUCCGAGAGGAGGUCGACAUAUCGGAGAACAGGUUCAAGAUUCAAAUCAUUAUAUAUCAUCCGUCAAUGGUACGCAUGCCGGUUUACGCCGAAGCAAUUCAGGUGAUCCACAACGGUUCGAGCAACUGCAUACUGGAGCUGUGGAUCCUGGAUUGCUCACAGUCAGUGCGCCAAAAGAUAAAAAGCGGCAUUUGUUUGGUCGAUUCGGAAAGAAGAAAAGUGCGUCGUUACGAACCAUGGUUUGCUCGAUGAAGCUUGCGUGAGAAACUCAUUCACUAACCCAAAAAUCAUAUUCAUAGCCGGGACUUCUGCCGAUGGCGCUUCUUCCCAUCGAUCCCACGCUCAAUCACGCUCCGACACUCAUCAUCUCACUUCAUCUCACUC